AUGGACGUCACUGAGCUUGUGCAGGGCAUGCUGAAGAUCCGCGGAGACGUCAAAAAGAGUGACACCGUGGCAACACUUCUGGCAACGAAGGCACUUCAAGAGAUGGUCUCGGAGUCCCGGCAUGCAAUUCGCACCAUUUCCACAACCAACCCGAAGAUGCAGUGCUGUGCUGACUGUAGUAGCAGUGCAUGUGGUUGCUCAGGACCCACAUGUUGUGAAACGAUGCUAACAUCCUCAACGUCCCACUCUCUCCCAGGAGAUGCGCAACACGCUGUCGGAGCUGGAAUCACGCAUGAUCCAGAAUUUUCCUGCAAGUGCAAAGGUGGCCUAGAACUACGUUGA